AUGUUCAUGGAGCAGCACACGGAGCGACCAGCACUAGAACGUGAAUUAAUCAGUUACCGUUAUCGUAAAGUGGAUCCAGAAAGGAUCGCAAGGAGGUCCUCGGAUUGGAUUAUGGGCCUGAUAUUUGUGUACACAAUUAUGUCUCUUAUGAUAGUAAAGGUCGCAUCGACAGCAGCAUUGUAUCAGCAACAACAACAAGAGGAAUUACUUAAUCACAUUGAGUCGUUAGAAGGUGAUAAACGAACGGAAAGUAACAGCGAUAUAGAGAAGAUGCGUGCCAAGUUGCAGCAAUUGCAACUCGAACAGCAGCAACAAUAUCGACAACAGCAGCAGCAACAAAUGCAACUACAUCUGCAACAGAUGCAACAAGUAGUGGCAGGUGGCGCUGGCGGGGUAGCGGCAGGAGAGAAUGCCUACUUAUUGGAGCGUGCCGACGACAUUGCGCCGCCUGCACCGAUUUAUGGCACUUGGCGCACGAAAGCGAGACGACCCCUGCUACAGCACGCCAUCUCGCUCAACGAAGUGGACGAUAAUCAUCUCUAUGAGCGCCUGCCCAAACGAUCUGCCACUAUGACUCCAUUGAAGGGGGUUCUACGCGAUCAGAUGCCACGUCCGCCACGCCUAGCCACCCAGAUACCACCACCAAGCGGUGGCCCUCCAUCGACAGCAUUGCUUCGUCGUCAGUAUUCCGAGACACCGGGAACUCUGGCCCAGCGCCAAGAUGACUUUAAACCGAAACCUUUUCAUUUUCCCUACGAUGGCCCAUUGCCCGAGCAAUUCCACAAAGGAGGACAUACUGCCGAUGUUUCGGAACGCCCCGAGCUGAACAAUAUACAAGAUAUUUUACAUCAUUUGCAUAUCGCGAAUGGGGCAAGUAAGUUGCCUCCCCCGUUGAUGAUGAUGCCCACAGGGCUACAUAUUGCUGGCAGUUUUAAAAACUUCAAGUCCAGCGGAAUUGGUAACUUUUUUCGUGGUAAGCGGCAAAAGAAACAAAUGCAAUUUAGUAUUCCAUUGCCAAUGGCAUUGGGUCACAUGCCCAUGAUGAUGCCAAUGCCAAUGCCAAUGCAAUUGUAUGGACCAUCGGGACCACAUCAGCGUGUGGCCAUUGAGCAAUUGUAUCCGUAUAAACCACGUUCCCCGCAGGAUAUUAAUCUGUUGGCCAUGCAACCGUUGCCCUUGCCAGCCCACAAACCAGUCUCCAAGAAGAAGAAAAAGAAGCUACAACAGCAGCAACAAAGUAAUCAGAAUCUAUUGCUGGAGCACGGUAGUCAGCAGCAGCAACAUUUUGUUACCGAUCCCUAUCACUUUCCACCGAUCAUCACUCUAAAUGCCACACGUCAGCCGCAAUUAAAACGUGUGCCCUUUAAGGUGAAUCUGGAUAUUUAUCCUGUUUUACCGCCAUCGCGUCCUAUGUCAGUAGCCUUGCGUCAUCCAUUCCAAAACCCAGAAUAUGGUCUACCCACAACAGCUGGUGGUGGUGGCGGUAUCUAUCAGCAGACCCCGUUCAAAUUCCCCACCCAAUCACCGCUGCCGCCCAGCUCGCAGCAGCAGUCUAUGAGUUUUCCUGAUCAGGCCACACAUUUCAGUCACCAUCAUCAUCAGCAGCAUCACCAUAAAUUUCCACCACCCCCACCACAUCAGGAUGAUUGCAUCUAUGGGGCACAGCCAAGUGGACCCGUUACCGAUGCUCAAGCUAACCAAAUAAUGCUUCAUUUAAAUGUGUUUCCCAAACAGAAACCAAUAGCUACAGCAGCAGGAGGAGCUAUAGGAGCAGCAACGGCUACAGCGAGCAUAAGAGCCUCUACGAAUCCAUUUCAUAAUAAUAACAAUUUCCAGCGUAAUUCCAUUCAUUCUACUAGCAACAACAACAACAAAGAUAAUGAUUUGCCACUUCCACCUAGCCCUAUAGAACCACGUCAUCAGGCCACCAAUGGAACAAUGGCCAACUCGAAUCAAAAUCAAACCAAUCCGUCGACAAUCAAUCGUACUAGCUCCAUAUCUCGCAGUGAUAAUUUGUCACUUAUCGAUUUCGAGCAUCCAAUUGUGGCCGCCGAUGUGCCAGAAUUGCCACAACCGGCCCCACUUGUGGGCGUGGGUGUGGCAAUGGGAAUGGGUCAGCGCUAUCCAAAAAGUGCAAAUAUAGAUCAAUUGGCAGCUGAGGCUCAAACGGCUUCACUUUUUCGUUUUCCCGUUGAGGAUCUAAUUCAAUUUCAGGUGGACGAUGCUCUCUAA